AUGGAGGGGCUGCGGGUCGGGAGUGAGGGGCACCGGCAGAGUGGGGGGGAGCCCGGGGGGCUGCGGGUCGGGAGUGAGGGGCACCAGCAGAGCCGUCUCUCUCGCCCAGGUGCAACAUGGUCCCCCAGCUCGUUCAUCGUGGACGAUGGGACACGGGUGGACGGGCUGAACCUGGGGGCCGUAGUCGUGGACCGGGUGAACGGCUCCGUGUUCCUGUUCUACGCGCUCUGCAUUCACCAGCCGCAGCCCUGCGUCUCCAGCACGAUGCUCAUUCACAGCCGGGACGACGGCCAGUCCUGGAGCCGCCCCCGCAACCUCUCCCAGGAGAUUGGCCUGGACCUGUUUGCCCCAGGGCCCGGGCUCGGCAUCCAGAAACGCUACGAGCCCCGCAGGGGGCGGCUGAUCGUCUGUGGCCACAGGACGCUGGACCUGGACGGGAUCUACUGCUUGCUGAGUGACGACCACGGCGAGAACUGGCGCCUGGGGGGGGCCCUGCGCGGGCUCCCCUACGGGCUCCCCAAGUUAGCCCAUGACUUCAACCCCGACGAGUGCCAGCCCUACGAGCUGCUGGACGGGUCGCUGGUGAUCAACGCCCGGAACCAGAACUUCUACCACUGCCCCUGCCGCAUCCUGGCCCGGAGCUGGGACGCCGGCGAGACCCUCCCCCCCGAGAACGUGACCUUUGACCGCACCCUGGUGGACCCCGCCGUGGCGGCCGGAGCCGUGGUCACUGGGGGCCUGGUCUUCUUCAGCAACCCGGCCAACGACACCCACCGCGUGAACCUGACCCUGCGCUGGACUUCGGCCAAGGGCAUCUCCUGGUGGCAGCGCCCCCUGCAGGUCUGGGCGGGGCCCAGCGGCUACUCCUCCCUAGACGUCAUGGAGCCCUGGGACGCCCCCGGGGAGCCCCCCACCCUCUACCUCAUCUACGAGAAGGGGCGGCAAAAGUCCAUCGAGAGCAUCUCAUUGGUCAAGAUCAGCCUCUCCGGGAGCCUCUGAUGCCCCCCCAGCCCCGGGCAGCGCUGAGAGCCCCAGGGGUCCCUGCCCCACUCCCAGCCUGGCCCCAGGGGUGCUGGAGGGGGGAGGGAAUCGGCCCCGAACCCUGGAAUCAAAGGGGAACGAAUUGUACAAAUGGAGCAAUAAAGGAAACGAAACUUC